AUUUCUUUCUCCACUCGUACUGCCACCCCGACCCCCCGGGGCUUGCUCUCUCCUCGCCCCCACUUUUAUAUAAGCCGUGGUGGCGCACUCGGCGCCGGGCAUCGGCUGCAGCAAGGAGAGCGAGGCCACACCACACCCUUGUAGUGCGCGCUUCUCGCCUGCACUAGCUAUAGCCAGCGGCACAGUGACCCCGUGCGCCACCUCGCCGCGGCAGCAGCGACGGGAGCGAGGCAGACCGAGUAGCUAGUGAGGAGGAAGAAGAGGAAGAAGAGGGAGUGUGAUAAGAGAGGGAGGUAGCAGCCAUGACGAUGAGGCAGUCGAGGUUCAAGAGGAUCUGCGUCUUCUGCGGCAGCAGCCAGGGCAAGAAGCGGAGCUACCAUGACGCCGCCAUUGAGCUCGGCAACGAGCUGGUGGCGCGGAGCAUCGACCUGGUGUACGGCGGCGGCAGCAUCGGGCUGAUGGGGCUCGUCUCCCAGGCCGUGUACGACGGCGGCCGCCACGUCAUCGGUGUCAUUCCCAAGACGCUCAUGACACCGGAGAUCAGCGGCGAGACGGUCGGGGAGGUGCGCCCGGUGGCCGACAUGCACCAGAGGAAGGCGGAGAUGGCGCGCCAGUCCGACGCAUUCAUCGCCCUGCCCGGAGGGUACGGGACGCUGGAGGAGCUGCUCGAGGUCAUCACGUGGGCGCAGCUGGGCAUCCACGACAAGCCGGUCGGGCUGCUGAACGUGGACGGCUACUACAACGCGCUGCUGACCUUCAUCGACAAGGCCGUGGAGGAGGGGUUCAUCAACCCCAGCGCCCGCCGCAUCAUCGUGCUCGCGCCCACCGCGCAGGAGCUCAUGGACAAGCUCGAGGAGUACGUGCCGUACCACGACAGGGUGGCGUCCACGCUCAACUGGGAGAUGGGCCACCUAGGCUACUGACGCGGCUACGGCGGCGGCGCCUGAAGCAAUCGUCGAGAACGGGGCAGGCGAUUGGAACCAUUUGAUCGCUGAAGGAAGAAGAAGAAGCAGCAGCUGCUUAGCUAGCCGUCAGAUUGGGACUUUAAUUCUUUUCCCCUUUUUAACUCGACGCAGAUCGGUUUGGAGUGUUCGUUUGUAUAUGAUGGUGGCCCUGUGUUUGCUUCCACUGGGGUGCGAUGCUGUAGCAGUGCAAAGGACUUGACCGGUUCCUCCCCGCCCCUGCUGUAUGGUCUGGUAGUAUUAGCAGCUAGUGCCUGCCUAUGUAUGUUAGUUUCAAGAUGCUGGAUUCGAUUGACUACAGCAGCGCAGCAAGUGUGUUAUACAAUGCAGUGCAGAUCUUUUGGAUCAGAA